AUGUCAAAAUUAAGUUGUUUGUCGAUAGCUAUUAUGAUUUUAGUAUAUGUGCUUACAGUGCACAGCAAUCCUAUACUUGAUGAUCAUUAUUCCGACUGCGAUAUUGCCUACCAGUGCAUCGGUAUGACUGAUGAGUGUAUCAGCAAAAAAUCAUGUCAAGUGUUGCUUAAAAUAAAACCGUCCACUCAAAAUGAUAAACCCGGUGUCAUGUUUCAAAUUUAUUGGCAACGUCAGACCACAUCAGAGGACAGGUAUCUGGGCAUUGGUUUGUCCAGUGAUACACAAAUGGGAAACGAUUCGGUGACCCUGUUUUCAAUGGGAACUGAUGAUUCAGUUCAGUCUAGACAAGGACUGACAUAUUGUGAUACCAACUGUGGUAUCAAAUAUGUCGACGUUAAAGGUAUGCCCGCAGCUAAAGGAAAGUUUUCCGACAAUCAAUUGACUGGUCAGUGGUGGCGACCGGAGGAAACGGAUGUCGAUACUAUUCAUUUCAAUUUAAAAGCUAACAACUAUUAUCUAUUUCUUGCCUAUGGGCCGGUAGAUAAACAAGGUAAUCCUAUACAUCAUACCACUGCUUAUGUAUCGCACAAUCCUAUAAGUUUUGAGGCCGAUCCACAUAAGACAACGAUACAAACAACUUUACCAUCAACACAGCCAACAACAAAACCAACACCUCCGCCAACAACACAGCCAACCGCAGCGCCAACAACACAGCCAACAGCACCUCCGCCAACAACACAGCCAACCGCAGCGCCUACAACACCGCCUACAACACCGCCAACAACACCGCCAACAACACCGCCAACAACACCGCCAACAUCAAAGCCAACUAUUAGUCCGGUGCUGACAACAACAGGCAAACCCAGUAGUGCCGUAACAUUCAUUAGUAGUCCAAUAAUAAUAAUAUUUACAUUACGUACGUCAAACAUCUGUAUAUUUUUGCAAUAA